CACUUUCUGACUUCCCUCCCCUACCUAUUACCGAUCAAGUCUUUCACAGGCUGCUUCAGCAUUUUAUCUCAGUGAUGGCCUCAUUUUCUGCCACCUUCCUUCCCUCUGUUGCCAUGAGGCCGAACAGGUCGUAGAUCUGCAUUAACAGAUAGAUUCGUUUAAGUUUGUCUUUUCGAGAGGGUGACAUCUGACAGGCGGCAGCCGACAUCCGCCCGUUAAAGAUUGGGCUGACUGACAAGGAGAACAUCCAUAUCCAGCGACGAACAUCGAGAUCUGAGCUGGACGCUAGGUAAACCAGGACAGGACGGCAGAGAGAUCCCUACAGCGGACCGUUUUGCAGCUGAGGCCGAGCGGAAGCGAGACAAGCCAAGAUGGCCUGAAGAACCGAGCGGUUACGUAAAGCUUCUGUUGAAGAGGUGUCUAUGCACCAGAUGUCUAAGCAACCUUUGAGGCCAUAUAGUUCAGUUCACUCAACUGCCACUGCAAGAGAACAACUCUAGUAAUGGAGUUUCAUUGAUAUGGCUGAGCAUUGGCUUUGUUGAAAAUUGCCUUCAGGUACGAAAGUACAACCCCCAAUCGAGGACCUUAUAUCCUUCAGUCAGGACAACCUUGACUUUUCUUAGAAGAACCCAAUAGAACCUGAGAGUUUUGUUAAUCAACAGCAGCCAUGAAUGGCAUGACUGAACUGUCCGUGAAGUGUGUUCUGGUUGGGGACUGCGCGGUCGGCAAGACGGCCCUGUUGGUCCGCUUCACCUCAGAGACAUUUCCAGACAUGUACAGGCCUACUGUGUUCGAAAACACGGGCGUGGAGGUAUAUAUGGAUGGGGUCCAAAUCAGCCUCGGCCUGUGGGACACGGCAGGCAACGACAACUUCAAGCAGAUCCGCCCGAGAUCGUACCAUCAGGCUGACGUCGUCCUUAUGUGCUACUCGGUGGCCAACCCAAACUCCCUUGCCAGCAUCCAGCACAAGUGGAUCGCCGAGGUCCGAGAGAACCUGCCCAGGGUCCCGGUGCUGGUCGUGGCCACCCAGACGGACCUGAGGGAGAUGGGGGUUCAUCGGGGAAGCUGCAUCUCACCGGCGGAGGGGAAACGAGUGGCUCAUGAGGUUCACGCUAAGGGCUACCUGGAGUGCUCCUCCUUGAGUAACCGUGGCGUGCAGCAGGUGUUUGAGUACGCCGUCAGGACAGUUUUCAACAAGCACAAGAAACGGGAAAGGAGGCGGUUGUUCAGCUUGAACCAGUGCAAAAUGUUUUGAUAUCUGACUUUAAACUUUCUGUCAUUUAAGGGUUUUUUAGAUGUGCUGUUCAAACUCCGUCGCCCAUGAAGAGAUGCGAGGACCCAAAGUGGGUUUCCUGUCAUACUGCAGGGUCGUUCAUCACUAGUACCCACCCCAAACCCAAAUGUAUUUAAACUAAGAACACUGAGAAAAAAGACAAACCCUCACUGUCUGAGAUAACAGCAUAUGUUAGCGGACGCUUCUCUAAAAAAAAGGGUUUAAGUUAUGAAUUAGACUUUGUUCUCAUAUUAUGUCAAAAAUGACAUUUUAUUCUUAUUUAAAACCUGAAGAGAAAGGUUGAAUAAAGUCACAGACUAUGGAUUAGCGGAACAAAAAGAACUUUAUGUGAAAUAUAAUGUAGUACUACAGAAAAUAUAAUGAUGCAAAAAGAUUUUGUGGGUAUGGUUUCACAAAGCCUGAUCAUGAUUGGUUGCUGAUGUUUAAAAUACGUGUUUAAUGAAAUUUAGGGUCAUUUUGUUUUUUGUUUUUUUUAUAAAUGUUAUUUGAUGUAAAAAAGUUUUUUUUCUGAAUUCACGGCUACUCCCCAAGAUAUUUAUACCCCUGGCAGAUUAUAACAUAUCUUCAUUUAUAAAUGUUUUUUCUGACUUGAAGUAAAGCUAGUUUUUUAUUGUGUCCCUAAUGGAUUCUGACCUGGUAAAAUGAAGGGAAAUAAAGGUGAUGGUAAGGAGGUCUUCUAAUCUCAAAGACUUGGUGCUCACCAUCAAAAAUUAAUCUCCAAUCCCAGUGGGAUCAUAAAAGAACUAGUCAGAAAAUUGAAAAUAGUUAUUGCUGUAAUACCAAUAAAUAAUUAUAUAUAUUUAUUUUAUUUAUUAGUGGGUACAUAAUUUUCAAAACAAACACUUUUCAACAUUUUUAAAUAAAAAGUGAUAGUUAAGUGAUAAAGUUAGGUAAUACAUUUUUUUUUGUACUGAUAUAGCUUUUACAUUGUUUUUUCUUUUCUGUUUAGAAACCAAUGUCUUGGUAAAGGGAUAUUUCUAAAUUUAAAUCUGCCAGGAGGGUGAAAUAUCUAAGGAUUAACUAUAACUGAUAUGUUUAAGAGUAAAGAAAACAAAUUACUUUUGACAGAAUUGUAUCUGUUUAGAAUUUUCUUUUUAAGUAAAACAACUAAAAAGGGCUAAACACAAGAGUUGCAACAUAUUUUCUUUUUUACUAUUUAAAAUGAUUUAUUUUAUUACCAUUAUUCAUAAAGCAAGAGCCACGGACAAAGCUCAAAACCAUUGAAUUAACUUUUCCUUCUUAUUCGUAGACUUUGUGUCUCUACAGUUUGCGCAAAUGAACGAAAAGAAGCUGCUGGUGAGAUAUCAAUGAUUCAAAUGUGCAAGAAUUAUUGGAAAAAUACAAUUAGUAGGUUUUUAUGUGACAUUUCUUGGUUCAUUUUGUUAUGUUGGAUCUACCUGGAUUGAAUUCGAACACGAUUAAAUGAUCUCCACUCUGAAUAUCAGUUGCAUCCUGAUGAUCCUGAACAAACUCCUGAGGAAUCAAACACUGUAUGAAGUGCAUACAUCAGUUGUUGUGGGCUCUUAUGCUAUUUUAUAAACUUUGAAUAAA